CAGGUGUUCUGGAAUACAAAGUCAGUUGUCAAACAGCAAUACAUGGUGGAGAAAUAUCGUCCUAAACAACUGGAUGACCUCAUUUCACAUGCAGAUAUCAUCAACACAAUUGACAGGUUUGUUAAAGAGGACCGCCUUCCCCAUCUAUUGUUCUAUGGACCUCCUGGAACGGGUAAAACCAGUACCAUACUGGCUGUGGCAAAACAGAUCUACUCGCCAAAGGAAUUCAAUUCUAUGGUGUUAGAGUUGAAUGCAUCUGACGAUCGUGGAAUUGGUAUUGUGAGAGGACAAAUCCUGAGUUUUGCCAGUACGAGGACGAUAUUCAGGUCUGGUUUUAAGAUAGUGAUACUAGAUGAAGCAGAUGCCAUGACAAAUGAUGCUCAAAAUGCUCUGAGAAGAGUGAUAGAGAAGUUCACAGAGAAUACUCGUUUCUGUAUAAUCUGUAACUAUCUGUCAAAGAUCAUCCCAGCCCUACAGUCCAGGUGUACACGGUUCAGAUUUGGACCCCUUGGUACAGAGCAGAUGGUACCCAGGUUGGAGCAUGUCAUUGUAGAGGAAGGUGUAAACAUCACUGGUGACGGAAUGAAGGCUGUAGUAACACUGGCCUGUGGUGACAUGAGGAGAGCUCUCAACAUUCUCCAGUGUACACACAUGGCCUACGACUCUGUUUCAGAAGACAAUGUUUAUACCUGUGUUGGUCAUCCUCUUAGAAGAGACAUAGAAAACAUAGUCAACUGGGUUCUAAAUGAAGGAUUUACAAUCGCCUAUAACAAUAUUAUGGAUUUGAAAAGUGCUAAAGGCCUGGCAUUACAAGACAUCCUGAGAGAGGUCCAUCUGUAUGUACACAGAAUUGAUUUACCUGUGCAUGUGAAAAUUAACCUCUUGGAAAAAAUGGCUGACAUUGAGUACAGACUAGCAUCUGGAACCAGCGAAAAAAUUCAACUGAGUUCUUUAAUAGCGGCUUUCCAAGUAGCCAGAGAUCUGAUUGUCCAGGAGGCAGAGUGACAGUGCAGGUGCUUGAAAUAUGUGAACUGAUGCAAUCUGGAUCUGAAAGACAAAAAGGAAUGUUUGAAAUUUUGCUUACUGGGAUAUCAGAAAUGAUAUAUUAGUCAAUCAUCGUUUGUAAGAUUCCUGAUGUUGUUGUAUACAUCAACAGAAGAGCAGGAAUAACAUCCAAGUUUUUUUUUAUAUUAGUGUUUUAAGGGUGAGAGAGUAUAUGAAGUUAGCCUGUGGUAUGAGAGAGUAAUGCUUGGUAAUACUGAACAUUGUUAAUACAAAUAAACUGCGUGUAUGAGUGUGUGCUUAGAUGAACGAAAAACACAACAAAGAAAUUAAUAAAAUGUUUAUCAAAUGAAA